UUUAGCAACAGUGGGUACGCUAAAAAAUUUAACGCCUUGUCAAUCGUUCGUUUUUUUCAUUUUGGUUAGAGGUUAUAUUAGGUUAAUAAUUGUUAAAGCAUAAGCCUUACUUUCUUUAUUUUAUUAUUCAUUUAUUAUAUGCUACCAAAGACAAGCUCUAAGUCAAUGAUUAUCAUAUGAACGAUUUCUAUGAUAACUAUGAUUCAAAAUCGUGAAAACCUGUCGGACGUUAUUAAAUUAAUUAGUGAUAUUAAACAUAAAACUGUCUACUCUUCAUAUGACAUAGCUCUUCAAACUGAACAGUUGUUAUUAAAUUUGAUAUCAGAAGGCAAAUGGAAAACUGCCUCUGAAUUGAUGGAAUUAGUGAAAACAAGAAUAAGAUGCAUUUCCCACAGUUUACCUCAAGAGGCUAUUUCAUCCAAUAUAAUGUUACACAUUUUAAAAGUUAUUCGGGAGGAGUUUGAACUUGCGUCAAAGAAGAAGGGUGAAGCACUCUCCUUACAUCAUAUAGUAAUGGGAAGCAAUGAGAAUGUGUUGGACUAUAGUGAAAGCUUUUCAAGUCUUAAAUCAUCUUUAUUGGAGCAUUUGUCAGAGUAUGAAGUGGAAUUGGAGUCAAGUGCUGAAAAUAUAGCUACCCAGGCACUGGAGCAUAUUCAUACUAAUGAAACAAUUCUUACAUUAGGCCAAUCGAAGACAGUUGAAUUGUUUUUAAAGUCAGCCGCAAAAAAAAGGGCUUUUAAUGUGGUUGUUGUAGAAGGCGCUCCUCUGUAUAAUGGACAUUCAAUGGCCGAAAAUUUGGUGAAAAAUGGUAUUAGCACCAUUUUAAUCCCCGAUUCUGCUGUAUUUGCAAUGAUGUCGAGGGUCAACAAAGUGAUAAUAGGUACUCAUGCCAUAUUAGCAAAUGGAGGGCUGAGAGCAAUAAAUGGUACCCAUACUUUAGCAUUAGCAGCAAAAAGAUAUUCUGUACCAGUUAUGGUUUUGGCACACAUGUUUAAAUUUACUCCAACUUAUAUUGGUUCUCACGAUCACAAAUCGUUCAACAUAUGUGCUUCACCGGCAAAUGUGAUUCCACAGGCCCUCGGACCUGUUUUAAAUAAAGUUUCUGUGGAGAAUCCCAUUUAUGAUUAUGUCCCGCCUGAAUUAGUAACUUUAUUUAUUACCCACCAAGGCGGAAAUUCUCCAUCCUAUGUUUAUAGAAUACUCUCUGAAUUGUACCACCCCGAUGAUUAUGAUAUUUAAUUUUUUGUUAUUUGAAUGUCAGUAUCGUUUCGGAGAACAAAAUUCUGUUAUGCAAAUUAACCAUUUUGCAAAUAACACUUUUGGUAUAAAAGUUUGAAAUUCUUUCUUUUUACUACUUAAUUGGACUUUUUGUCUGAACUAUCGGAAAGGCAGACAAGGAUUGAUACUGGCGUUUCAAACUUCCAUUGUCUAAAACAUUUUUAACACAAUGUUAUUAGACAAGGGAAGUUCGAAAUGCCAAUAAUGACCACAAUGUAUUUGUCUAUAUAGCGGGCAUGAUUAAUAUAAUUUUGCAUUACAGGUUAAUGGUAGAAUUAUAUUUCAACUUUACUCUCAAUUUUAACUCGGCUUAUACACUUGGUUUUAAAAUUAAUUUUUAUUAAUACUUUGUCAGAAGUCUAGCUGACUCCAACUCUAACACUUUCUUAUUUCCAAUCUUCAAUCAACAAGACGUUUGCGCGUUACUUAUCACAAGACCUUUACCAACUUUAUAAAAAACAUUCGCAAACCAUGGGCUGGAAUUCAUGACAAAAUUUUUCUUAGAAAUACACAUUGGGUGUAUAUCUGUAUGCGCAUCUAUUUUCUUGUGUUUAUAAUUUUGUUACAACUUUGAUUAUUUGUAUUGCAGAAUUUUAAUAAAACAUUACUGCACUUCCCACAGAAUUAUUUCAUUUUCAAA